AUGACUCAUGGUGAGAAACCGCCAAUGCUAGAAAGUGAAGAGUUUUCCGAUUGGAAGAUUCAGAUGCAUCUGCAUCUGAUCACUAUGGAUGAUGAGAUGAUGUUCAUUCUUUUUGACGGACCAAUAAAGAUCGAAAAGGAAAAAAGUGAAUGGACAACCAACGACAAAAGAAGGAACAACCUGGACAACCACUGCAGAAGCACUAUCUUUAAAUCCUUAGAUAGAAACACAUUUGCCAAAGUCAGAGAAUGUAAAACUGCAAAGGAAGCAUGGGAGACGGUCAUUAACUUUAUGAACGGAAUAAAAAAAACUACAGAGAAUAAGAUAUUGAUGGCUACUCAAAAGUUCGAAAAUAUUAAGAUGCGCCCCAGUGAAACCAUGAAGGAAUUCAGUGAUCGAUUUUGA